UCUGAGUCUUCUUAAGUCAUUCAGUAGGACGCCGACUUUUGAGAAGUGCUGGGGAAUACUACCCGCGCUCCCGAAUUGCCAUCACUGGCCAGCGUUGCACGGUACAGUCGCCAGACUUGAUUGAAGUGGAAUUAUUCGUGGAUCGCGCGAGUUUUUUUAAAUACGGCGGCCUGAAAUUGCAGACAUUUACACGCCGUAUUUUUUAUUAUGUAACUUACAGCGAUCGUCAGAUAUUGGAUGCGUUAUAAAAUAAGAAUAAGAGGCGAAUUCAGGUGAUAAAGCCGACUUAGUACAAUUUUAGACGACAGAAUCGACUUGGUAAAUAUUAGAAUAUAUAAAACACGCCAAGAUUUUGCAGUGAUCAUGUAGGUAAUGAUUAGGUGAUUACUAUCAUGGCGUGAUUUACGAAGGCGCCGUAAAGCUUGAUCAGUGAAGUGACUGCAACCUAUAGACUCAAGAGAAAUGCUUCUCUCCCGGGGCGUCGCGCUCUUUCUUCUUCUCACUGUCAUCCUGUUGGCGUCCGAAGCCGACGCCAGACGCCGCCGUCGGCUGAAGAGGCAGCACGACCACGGAGAGGACUUGGAUGACGACCACGAGCCGCGCCGUGGCCGUCGGAGGCAUCUGAGACGUCGACGGGGUGGCAGGGGGAGCGGGACUCUGCCCAAUUCGACGCUCUACACACCUGUCAGGCACCACGACCCAGAGGGCAUGGAGGGCAUCCCCGUCGGAGAAGCGGCGGUGGCCCAGCACAGGUGCCCUCCGCCGGUCACGCCCUUCUUCUCAGAGUUGUGCGCCGCCUCCGCCUGCCUCCACCACCACCACUGCCCGCCCUCCACCUCCUGCUGCUUUAACGGCUGCGUCAACACCUGCCUGUCGCAGGUCGUCUCUCCCCCAGUGAUCGACUGGCUAGAGGACUCCAGUGCGUUGGUGCCGAUGUUAGAGGAAUCAGCACCUCCGUCUCUCCCCAUCCGAUACGAAGACACGAAUCUCGCCUUUGCCGAGGGGGGCGGGGAGGCUGUCCAUCUCCCCGGCGGAUGCACAAUUUCCGGAACUCAGUACAGCCAACUGCAAGACUUCAUGAAGGCACCGAGCAUUGAGGACUGCAAGUGUAGCGAAGGGGAAGUGGUGUGCGCCAUCAAGGUCUUCAAAUCUUAACUCGAAAGUCAGCAGAAGAAGAAGAAGGAAAUAGACACACGGAGAGGACGACUGAAUGAUUUGCAAAAGAACCCUGGCGUUCCAGAUUCUUUGGUCGAUGGUGUGGUUUUUUUAGUGAUAUGGCGGUAUAUAUAUUAUAUCUAUACUCAGUCUGUGACCCACGAUAGUCGAAUAGCCACUAAGUACAUAAUUACCUGUGUUUCAUGGCGGGACGCACUUGCAGCUACUCUUAAAGAAAUGAUGGAAAUUCAUGUAUAUAUCUUUUACCCAUGACGGCCGAUAGGGUAGGAAACCAUUUGCGUUUAUGGAGCCCUGGCCGGAGGAAAAGAAAAAAGCAAAAUAAAAGAAAUUUUAAAAAGGCGUACUUUAAAGAGGGGAGGCUGGGAGGAGAGGGAGGGGCGGACGGGAGAGGGAAGUAGUGCUGUAGAAGACAGCAAUUCGGAAAAAAAAAUAAAACUUUUGUAAAGGAUAUUCAUUUGUAAGCAGUGACAAAUUCCAAAUACUAAGUAUAUAGUCUAAUACUUUAAGAAUAAAGCAAAUUCCUUUUAUAUUGCGUUAUUAUUUUUAUCAUUACAGUGAUCAUAAUCAUAAUUAAUUCAAGACGAGACGAUGCUCCUAUGGAACAAUAUUAAAUAGCUCUUCAUUUACAAUAUAGUUCUCACUGAAUGAUAAAUGGCAGCAUUGUAUUUUUUCAAGUUCCUAAAGAAGGCAGAGUUGCCAAAACUUAUCUCAUUACAAAAUUUGUUGGUAAAGUGAAAUGAACUUGAGAUUAUGAAAAAUUAAAAAGCAAAACAUUAUGAAACAAAAUUAUGCAGCUGACUGGAAAGGUUUGGCAUACAUACACUAACCUCAGUUUUCAAUUUUCAAAUUAGUGUGGGUUGAAAUCCAAACUGGGUAUAUGAAUGUCUUCAUUCACUUUCAGAUUCCAAAAUUCUCAAGGGGGCUUGGGUGCAAAAUAUUUUGAAACAUAGGGGUUAAGAGGUCAAUGUGGCUACACAAUUCUAACUGAGGUGAGCUUAAUUUUUUCCAUUUGUCAGAUCAUAUGAAUGUCAUUUCCUUCAGCCUUUAUGAAAACGUUUAAAUGCCUAUCUAUUUCUUAAACUACCCUAUCCAUUUCAUUCACCCUUUGGCAAAAAUCCCUAUAUCUUAAACUACUUUAUCCAUUUUAUUCAGCCUUCGUCAGAAAUCCUUUUUUCUUAAAUUACUUUAUCCAUUUUAUUCAGCCUUUGUCAGAAAUCCCUAU